UUGAAUGGAGGUUCAAGACCGAGGCUAUACAACCACACGCGUGACAGCUUCUGAUCAUUAUUAAUAGUUCUGUCAGAGGUGCAACUAUCGAGACAUCGGUUACAACUUCGGCUUUAUACUUUUGAGAAUCAGCGUUUCCUUAAGCGAAAGAUCUCAGAGCUUUUCAGUUUCUGAUCAGAGAGAGAUUUCUACAAUUUUAUUGAAAACAUCGCGAAAGCAUCAGCUUGCGAGAAAAUGAUCCAGAACAAAUCAAGGCGUUUUAGGCCCGUCGGCUCCAUCGAUGAGCAACUUCAUUCUGGUGUUGCUUCAUUGUGCCCACAAACCCCACCCCAGAGGAGCUAUGUCCCAGACAGAAGAGGUGGUGGGAACAUCCAUCAGUCCCUACAGACUGACCACUUUCCUUGCUUUUUAAAGCACAUAGGUCAAAACCCAUCACCAUCUAGAACCCCCCCCUGUGGAUCGUCAACUACCCCAGAUGACAUGUGGCACAGGGCGUUUGCUAAAAGUGUCCAACGGCAUGCAGGUGUCGUCCUGCCCCCGCUGGUACCACCACAGAAGCCUGGAACGGCACCGAAGGAGACAUGGAGGAGACACCAUUUCCAUUUUCAGGAUGGUCGCUAUGUAAAAACGCCUCAGGGUGUCCCGAACUACAUUGCUGACAAAAGGAAACGCACUUGGCGAAAUUAUACAGAUUUGCAGCUUACUCUCGAAAACGAGAGAAAUGAAAAAGUCGCAGAGGACAGAAGGAGAAGAGAAAAGAUAGAGAAGGAGAAGCGGCUGGAAAUGCACCUCAACUUACGGGCCUCGAUAGAGUCCCUUAGGCUUUCUAUUCUUGAAGCUGAAGCAGAGUCUCGGAGUGUGGGCAAGUCCAUUCGCUUGAAAGACAAGGAUCUAAGAACUUUGAUAGGAAAGUCUGAUGAGCUUAAAAUUGAAAUCGAGAAGCUUGAAGAGAAAUCCAAGCAAAUCAGCAGGAAAGCCGCUCAUGUCAUGAAGGAUGUCCCACAUGAGCUGUGGGAUACGGUCCUGAAAAACAUAGUGGUCGACCUGACGGUUUAUAAGCGGUUUCAACGACAAAUGAAGGCUGAGCCACAUUUCUGCGAGUAUACUACCCCAGAACAUUGUCCAGAAAUGUUUCUGACUAAAAGCGAGAAAGCGGAGGUAGAGUCACUUGCUGAGAUGCAGAAGAAGAUCUGUCAUGAGAUAACCGGCAGGUUGGAGUCACUUGACAGGGUGAAGCUGGAUAUAAGCUUCGUCUCCAGACAGAUUACGAACGAAAAUGAAUUGCUGAAAAGUAUUAGUCUCAGACUAGAGCGCCAAAGAAAGUCACGUGCUGAUCUCCAAAAGAGCAACACGGAGCUCCUCGAACUCAUCAGAUCAUCACGUUAGGUCCUUUGUCUGAGCUUCAGAAAAGGCCAAACGGUGGUCCGUCAGUACUGUUGCUCCUCUAACCGGGUGGAAGGAUGUUUCUGAUAGCAUUUGAAGGCAGCAUAAGUCCUACUUUUCAUCUGAUUCCAUUGCAUGGUUAGGGUCAUUAAAGUCAUCAUGAAAUAA